AUGCUCCCCGCGCGCCCCGCACGCGCGCCGGGACGCCGCAGCCGCGAGCGCCGCUCGCCGGGAAGUGCGAGCUACCUGCCCAGGUGCCCGCCCGCCCCUGGCCCCGCCCCCUGCGCCCGGGACAACUCCAGCUCCCGAAGGUGCUCCACCAGCAGGCCAGACUCCCAGAAACCCUCAGGCCGGGACCAAUGUCCAAAGGCAGCAUCAUCGGGCCGGAAGCUGAAGCCCAUGCCCUCCCCGCUGCCGCGCGCAUGGAUGCAGGACCGCCAGCAGUGCCUGGCCGCGGCCUACGUGCCGGUCGUGGUGGACCCUCGGGGGCAGAACCCGGACAAGCUCAGGUUCCAUUUCUACACCUCCCAGUACUCCAACUCCCUGAACCCCUUCUACACACUGCAGAAGCCCACCUGCGGCUACCUGUACCGCAGGGACACUGACCACACCCGCAAGCGCUUCGACGUACCGCCUGCCAACCUGGUCUUGUGGCGCACCUAGGCCCAGACCAGCAGGAAGCCUCUGACCCUCACCCUCACCCCAUGACCUCGGCCCUAGCGGGGCCCUCUGUCACAAGGGCCUCCUGGAAUAGCAGCAUCUCUCUUGGCUAGCCAGCUGUGCCAGGCCUCCCUGCCAACCACCGCAACAGGUGUCUCCCCAGAAGCAAUUAAACUUUCUUCUUU